AUGAGCACCAUGACGGCCCGGGAGGAGGUCGGCGAGGAGAAGCCCAGAGUCAAGAUGCUGUCCCCCGGAUUUGGGAUCGAUAAAUCCCGCUUGCACGGAUCCGGGUUGCGGUCCAAAGGCUUCGCCAUCACAGACUUACUGGGUCUGGAAUCGGACCUGCAGUCCCGGCAGCAGCCCGUCGGUCCCCAAGGUUCGGGACUGUCAGUGACGGGCUCGGGGCCCGGGUCGGAGUCGCAGGGGGCCGGUGGCGGCCUCGGCGGAUUUUCUUUUCCGGGAGGUUCUCUGCCGCUCGGCCUCGGCUUCCUGUGCAGCCUGGCGGCGCAGCAGCCCGCCGGAGGACCCUGCUUUCUACCGGGACACCUGCCGCUGCUGCAGGCCCGGGCCGACAGCCACUACCUGCAGAACCUGGAGGCCCAGAGGGACGCGUACUCUGGUACGACACGGACCAGUAUAGCCCAGCCUGAUCCGAAUACUUGAUAGAAAGUGUCGGACAGUAAUAGAUGGAGUUAAAACAAGACAGCAAUUCAGUUUGAUAUUUUUAUAAAACACUUGAUUUAGUGGUUGAAAAUGUAUUUUCUGGGUUUAGAUCUCGUUUUUCAUAAUGAUUUAUUGUAAUAUUAAAUGUCUCGCUGUAGAUAUUUUUCUUUGUUGAUAUAUAGCUCCUGUGAAAAAGUCCGAGUCCAGUUUCGUGUCGCUGUCGGGUUAAAUUUUAAAGUUAAUUGUCAAAUAAAAGUCCGGUCAGAGUGAAAAGCCCCCGUAGGUCUCUGCUCUUUAGAUCCCCGUUUUCAAUGUUUCUAAUAGUAUCCACUCAUUUAUAGCUACUGUAUUUUAAAAAAAAUGUUUUUCCCUUAAUUGCGGUUGAUUUGGCAGAAACACAGUAAACCCGAGUUUUCUUUGUGUGAACUGGGACAACGUUUUUCUGGGCUCCAUGCAGCUAUUGAUGAUUAUUAUUUGUUUGUGUUUCAGAUGAAGAGUGUCUCUCUGACAGAAACGACUCAAAAAGCUCCACAAACUCCCAGAAAAGGAAGAAGAGGAGGCACAGGUGAGCAAAACAAACACGCCCUAGUUUUAUUGAACUUUGAAAAUAACUUUACUCAGUUCUUCAUUCUUCUACAAACCAUAUUCGCUUCUUAUUUUUUAAAAUAAGCAAAGGGUAACCUGUCAAACUGGUAUUAUUUUCAUUUAAGUCAAACUCGUAAAAGAUUGUUAUAAACUCAUCAACGUGGAAGAAAUGACAGGAGAGAAAAUCUCGGCUUCAUUUAACGAAAUUUGAUUUAUCAAACUGAGAACCUUAAUUUAUUCUGAUCUUUAUUUAAUUUAUUGUGAGAAAGAAACACUUUUAAAAUGGACCAUGAUGGAAAAAUUAAACACAGCCCACCAGACACUGAAGUUAGUGUGAUUUGUGACUUCAGCUUUUGAGGGGAUACUAAGGAAAACCCGAAUUCUGAUCAGGAACCACUACACCCAUAACUGUUAUAACUGUUUUUUAAAGGGGUUUAGAUUUGUAAAAAUAUUUGUGGGAAUACACAAUUAAGUCUGAUUUCACCGUUUUUUUCCUAGAUUCUUUUUUCUUUGAAGAGAAAUUUAAAAUUUCAUAAAAGCCAGAAUCUUUGGUGUGAGCUCUGACAAGAUCUGAUAAGCAGUGUUGCCAACUCCUCAGUAGGGAAAGUAGCUAUUGGUUGUCCUAAAAGUCGCUAGAAGUCGCUAAAUGUCAUCGCCUAAUUUGCAUAAUUGGCCAAAUUGUUUCUUCUGUCGACUCUUGUUUUUUUUCUUUAUUUCUUUAUGUCACAAUACCAAUAGGACUUGGACUGGCGAAAUUGACCCAAUCGAGACAAUUUGGAGAAGUUACUCAUUUUUAAAAAUUUAAAUUUUUUUUUUAAAGUUUUGUUUGGUUUUAAACAACCAGUCGGCAGUCUGUAAGUGCUGUGGGACAGGGGAGAGGCUCACGGCAGCACACGCUGCUCGUUGAGAAGAGUAGGUGAUACGUGCCUUAACGUUAAAGUCUCCACAAGUCUCUAAUGACACCACAAAAGUCGCUAGAUUUGUUGCUAGUUGCUUUUUUGAAAAUUAGUCACUAGAGGGGUCUGAAAACUCGGUAAAUAUAGUGACAGAGUCGCUAAGUUGGCAACACUGCUGAUCAUCAGAGUCAAUGAUUUAAUUUGACGGAUUUUACUCUGUAAAUAUUCCAGAAAAUAAAAAAAAAUCAUUUAAUACAGAGGUUUUCUUUGGUGCUGCUUUGUCUCUCAGGGCAGGUGUCACUUUAAUGGUCCUCAUCUGUUUUUUUAUGGUCCACAGGACGGUGUUCACAUCCCACCAGCUGGAGGAGCUGGAGAAGGCCUUCCAUGAGGCCCACUAUCCAGAUGUGUACGCCCGGGAGAUGCUUGCCAUGAAGACAGAGCUGCCCGAGGACCGGAUCCAGGUGAGAUAUUAAGACCAAGACACAAGUUAUCAAAUGACUGAUCAUUAACUGACAGGUCUUCACUGAAGCUGAUACAUGAACAGUUAUAUUUAAUUCAACUUAUUCAGCAUCUGAAUCCUUCAUGGAGGUCAGACUAAAAAGCUCUGGUUUACAAAGAUGUCAGUAAAGAGAUGAAGUGACGAAAAUAAACAACAGUAUCUCAAAUAAUUUAAUUAUUUCAUUUUUUCAAAUAAAUGUUUCCUGACAUACCAGUCAGAUCACACUCUCAGUGGAGCAGGACAGAUUUAGAGCUAUGAGACGAUUUGUACAGACUGAAGCUCUAGAGGACAAAAACAAAACAAACUUUAUUUAAUCUUUACUGAAAAAAAUGACCCUAUCUGUUUGUCUUUAUCAGUAAAAUCUAAUGUCAACUCUGAUAUAUAAAGAUAAUCGAUCGAGGUCUUUAGAAUAUAUGAAUGCAUGAAUGUUUUCUAAAGUGAAUAUGCAGUUUAAAGGUUUUUUCCUGCUUAAAAAGAAAAUAAAAACAUUAAAGAAUGUAAUUUACAUAGAGUUUUUUUUUUUUUUACAUUUUAAACACUAAUAAUUGACAGUUUUUUAAAGAGACUCAGUCAUUCUAUAAAAGAGUUAUAUCCUUUAUUCCCAUUUCUUUAAGUACAAUUUUGUCUAUACUCAUUUCUUUCUCUUCAGGUUUGGUUCCAGAACCGUCGUGCAAAGUGGAGAAAGCGUGAGAAGUGUUGGGGUCGAAGCAGCGUCAUGGCGGAGUACGGCCUGUAUGGCGCAAUGGUGCGACACUCCAUCCCGCUGCCAGAGUCCAUCCUUAACUCCGCCAAGAACGGCAUGAUGGGAUCCUGUGCCCCCUGGCUGCUCGGUGAGCCGCAUACACGUCAGUGCCACGCAAACACCACACCAUGCAUUGAUACACACGGUUGAUAAUGCGCAGUGUAUACACACCUCACCACGCACCAACACAAAGCGUUAAUGAACAGUGAAAUCUGCUGUGUGUACAUGCAUUUUUUUACACUCAAAAGUAAUGCAACCAAUUCACCAUACAAAACGCAUUCAACAUGCAGAGAGAGGAAUUGUAUUGUGUUGCUGUAUUUCACCCAGAAGAUGGUACUUCAGGAAAUAGACCGCUUCAUAUCAUGACGGACACAGUGUGCAUGCACAACUUUGUAAAUAAAGCUCAGGUGAGAAGUGAGCAGCAGAGGACAGUGGUGCUAGUUUUGGUUAUCUGAUGGUGAGCAGUGAAUCUGCAGCACAGGCACUGGGCAAGUUUACGGUAACAGAUGGUGGCAGAAACAGUUCCACAGUUGCACAGAAAGUGUAACUGUCUGAAUGCAAUGGCAGUCUUUCACAGAAACACAGUUUCAACAUUUGAGACCACCAAAAACAGACAAAAACCUGUUAUGUACUGGUGUGACUUAUGUUCUGAAUUUUGUGGCACACACUGCUACAUAUUCAAGAGGAUAGUGGGCCUUAUGUCCCCAUCAGACAAAAUGUUGAUCUCAUAAGGUUUUACUGAGGCGUGAUUGAUGUUAUAGUGAUUAUACCUCCUUUUAUUCACUCAGAAAUAACAUGUUAAUAUGCAGCAUGUUCAGUUUUAAGGAGCCCUGAGUUGCACAGGAUCUGCUGACUAGUAUUUACAAUUGUCCACUAUGUUUGCUGAUAAGACUUGCUUGGUUUCUGGUUUAGACAGUGUGGACUCUAGUUGUUAUUGGAUGAAUCUAGUAAGCUGUGCUCACACUGUAAAACCUAAACUGUUCCAUCUGUCAGUCUCUAGGGUUCAGGGAUUGAUCAAAGUGGGCAUCUUGGUUUUAAUGUAAUUUAUUCAAACAGGUCAUGUGACAGCAAGUUUGUACACUUCAUUAUGACCGAGUACAUGUGCAUUUACACAUGUACAUUUGCACAUUUGUCAAACACUUGGACAUAAAACCUCCUUAUGUUCAAAUUUUUAAAGGUUGGUUGUGUUGGUUCCUCUGGUGCCCCCUGCUGGACUGGUCUUUUUUCACUUUUUACCUCUUAGCUUCAGUUUUUGUAGCAAACGUUCAGUCUUACCUACAAUCUACUGAGAUUAUGAGAUGUAAUAUUUUAGGGUUGAGUGUGUAAAGUUUGGAGAGGAAUUUAAAAAAUGAGCCUCUGUGAAUGGACAAGUCGUUUUUAAGAUUAUUAAGGGGGGCAGUGUGAUGAUACACCUGAACCCUGCAGUCUGAACUGAAUCUGACACUGUCUUCACAGGAAUGCACAAGAAGUCUCUGGAAAUGUCCAAAAAGUGUUCCAGCCCUCCAGAGUCAGACUCCACCCGAUCCGACUCCUUCUGUGAUGCUCCUGAGCGCCAUAGCAGUGGACCCUGUGAGUCCCGUCAGGCAGAGCGCAAGGAGGAGGAGCUGCUGGAGAUGGAGGAGGACGAGAUGGAGGAGGAGGUGGCCAUCGAUCUGUCCAGCUCCUCCAAACAGCAGCAGCAGCAGCAGGUGGAGGAGGCUGGCGCCUCAGUUAGCUCCGCCUCCUCCUCGCCUCGGCGGCAAAGUGGCAGCGAGUCAGACAAACACAGCUGA